GUCGAUGAACAGGCGCGAAGUGCCCAAGGAAGGAGAGAGUGUAAACAACAGCGGCAAAACUUUCGACAGCGCGGCUGCGACGGCUGACGAGAACAAGCAGCAAAAUGAUGACGACUGGCUAACAGCAGUGAUUUUAGCCACUGUAGGUCAGCAGUGCUCGGACACGUGGAAGUGGUUGAGGGAAAAAACUUGCAGCAAGUCGCCCCAAUUGUUCAAGCAGCCACAGCAGCAAGAGGAAGACGAGGCGCCUCCGCCAGGACCCAUACAGAUCAGUAGUUCUAUGCCCGACUUGCAGGCAGAAACAAAGCCCUCAUACGUGCAGGAAAUCAAGGAAAUAGUAGCAAAGAAGGUUCUAAGGCAGACAACUUUGCCUAUUGUAUCUGAGCGUCAUCAGAUUUUCCAACGACAGCUGUCACACCGACUUGAUAUUCAGACUGAGAUUAAAUUCAGCAUUUGCAGCUUGGAACGUAAUCACAAUAGCAAGAAAGUCGGAUUGAUAAAGCCUGAACUAUACAAAAAAGAAUUAGUGAGGCAAUCGUCUAUCCAGAGCAAUCCCGAAGUCAACAUGCAGAAGAACGGCUAUUUGCAUUUCUCAUUAAAGUUCGACAGGGAAUUAGAAGGUCUCGUGGUUAAAAUCUUCGAAGCCAGAAAAUUGCCGAUAAAAGACAUAAUAGGAAGUUGCGACCCGUACAUAAAACUCCAUUUGUUGCCUGACCGAAAAAAGAAGUUUCAAACGAAGGUACACAGAAAGAGCCAGAAUCCGAUUUUCAAUGAAACCUUUAUCUACAGCGUGACAUACGAGGAUUUGGAAACUCGUUAUCUUCAAUUCUCUGUGUACGAUUUUGACAGAUUUUCCAGGCAUGAUUUCAUUGGUCACGUAGUUGUCUCAAACUUAAGUGAAGUGGCUGAACACGGUCAAGAAUCCGAAUAUUCCAUGCCUAUACUAUGUCCACCAGUGGACAAAGUCGACCUGGGAGAACUAAUGGUUUGUUUGUGCUUCCUGCCCAAAGCUGGUCGGUUAACCCUAACGGUCAUAAAGGGAGUCAACCUGAAAGCGAUGGACAUCACAGGAAAAUCAGAUCCAUACGUCAAAGUUUACUUGGUAUGGCAAGGGAAGCGGAUCAAGAAAAAGAAAACUUCAGUAAGAUACAACACUCUCAAUCCGAUUUUUAACGAAGCUUUAGUAUUUGACGUCCCUGAAGAAACUAUCGCAGAAGUGUCCCUAUUGGUGAAAGUGAUUGACUACGACAGGAUUGGCUUAAAUGAAUUGAUGGGUUGCUUCACCAUUGGGCCAACGGAUAUAGGCAAAGGCAGAGAUCACUGGACCGAAAUGCUAGAUAACCCCAGGACACCGAUAGCUCAAUGGUAUCCGCUAACUGAAUCUGUUCCGGGUGAUAUCCCAUCCGUAAAUGAAGGUUCCACAUUACUGAACUGUCUUAUAAGCAGGUGAAGAACGGAGUCCCGGGUUGAGAGAUAAAACGAAUGUAUCACUUAACUCAGGUAACAAUUUAAAUGGGUCUCCGAAGACUUUUGAGAAAACAGAAAUGAAAUCAAUGGAUUUGUAUACUGUAGAUUUUAUAUACACCGACACCUUAAAAUGUCUGUCUCUUCUAUAUUAAACGCUCGCUGUGACAAAACAAAAUAAUAUUUGAAACUGUUGUUGUGACUUCCGCCACUCAAGAUGGAAAGGCUGUAAUGUACAAAAUGGUUGACUAGUUGGAAAAUAUUUAUUAUU